GUUUAUUCAUAUUUCAAAUCAACUGUAUGUAGAAAUCAAAGCUUAAUGUUUCCACCAUCCAAUUCUUUAACUUUCCUAAUUUCAAUUACGCCCUUCGUGCUUUUGACGCUCAUAUAAAAACAGAUGAGUUCAUGAUUCCGUUGUUCUUCUUUCCGAUAGCAGACACUAUCGAUCAGCGCGUUACGUCAGUAUCGAUAACUUUCCCGAACCGAAAUCAAGUGCACUUGGCCAGCUGAAUCCCUGGACCGCACCACCCGUGUGCGUUUUCUUCUACUUUUCUAAAUACAUCAUCAUCUCCUCCUGUCGCUCUGCUUCUUCACUCAUCAGCCUUAAGUUUUCUUUUCUUUUCUUUUUUUCUUUUUUUUUUUUUUAAGGGGGGCUGCUAUUUUCAUAAGAUUUUUUUUUCUCACGCGCAGUAGCGUCAACGUUGCUUAACGAGGGGAAUCCAGCCCAUAUAUUUAUUGUAGCCGGUGCAAAAAAAAAAAUCUCCUCAAUAUACCCCAAGAUGGCCGCCGAUGUGGGAUCGAUGUUUCAAUAUUGGAAGAAAUUUGAUCUACGGCGGCUGCAGGUAGGUCAUCUCUCCCACCUCACUGCAGUAAAUAGUCGACGAGGUUUUGCACUAUGGAAACAUUUUUUCGCUUUUGCAGCGACUGUGUUUUUGGGCGAAAACCGGAGCCGUUGCAUUGAUCGUUAUUAGAAAUUGAUCCUGUUCUGCCUUUGUUCGGUUCAAUCAUUGAUCAGUGGCGGAGCGGAGCGCAGAGCAGAGCAGAGCAGAGCAGAGCCGUGCCUCUCUCUCUACAUGCCCUGCUUUUACCCCGAGCCUUCUUUUCCCCCUCGAGCAACAUUUUUUCGCCGCUUAUCCUCUGUCGGGCUUCAGCGUGGAAACUUUUAAUGCUCUCGCGAGUCUUGAGGGAGCUAAAUUCAGUGGCAACACAACUGGCCGGGCGACAGGAAGAGAGCGAGCACUCCCAUAAGCACGUGCUGGAGCUGAGCCGAGAGUUCAAGAAAAAUGUCCCUGAGGAUGUGCGGGAGAUGGUUGCUCCUGUCCUCAAGAGUUUCCAAGCCCAGGUUGUUGCCUUGAUCCAGCGCAGUAAGGAGGCCGAGUCUGCAUUUCUGGGAGUUUACAAACAGCUGAUAGAAGCCCCAGACCCCGCUCCGGUGCUGGAAGCCUCCUACUCACUGGAGGAACGUCUCACCCAGCUGCAAAGCUCUUCUCCAGACAGUGAGCUUCUGGUCAGAGAGAUCUCGGGCCACUGGAGGAGACACCUGGAGUGCCUUAACAGUGCAGAAAGUGUAGAAAAAAGCCCAAUAAGCAUACAGAGAGUAGAGGUGACAGAAGAACUGCCCCAUAUGAUGACCCCAAACAGCACACAGAGCCUCCAAGAUGGUGGCUUACCCCUUCACAACCACCAGGGCCUGGAGGAAAGAGAAGCUGAUGAACCCGAUGCUCUGUCGGUCAGAUUGGCUCAGUCUGAAGAUAGAAUAAAAAUUCUCCAGUCAGCACUGAACAAAGCCCAGUCAGAGCUACAGGAGCUAAGGUGUAAAUACUACAAGGAAAUGGCUGCAAAAGCAGAGGAACUGGCACAGCUCAAGACAAAUCUGGAAAAGGCCAACCAGAGAGCAGAUUUGGCCCAGAGGGAGGUGGAUCGACUGAGGAACCAGCUAACCAGCAGUCACGGCAUUUCGAAAGGGAGUGACGAGGGCCCCAGUGAGGGGAAAGGAGGAAAGGAUGAGAAGGACAAGUGCUCACCAUCACGACUGGAAGCAGUUCUCUUCUCCAAAGACAGAGAAAUUCUUCGCCUGCUUGAAAAUGUCCAGAGGUUGCAGUUCACUCUCCAGGAAGUGCAGGACUCCUCAGCAAGCCAGCUGGCAGAUCUUGAAAACCAACUUGUGUAUAAGACAGAGGCUAUUGAAAAAUUAGAAGUUAAACUGCAGUCUCAAUUGGACUAUGAAGAAAUUAAAACUGAACUCCGCAUUCUUAAAGCAAUGAAAGUGACAUCGGCAAAUGGGAGUUCUUCCCAGGACUCUGACAAGGUUGCAGAGGCUUUGUUGCUUGACAAACAGACUUUUCUACACUCCAACAAAUUUCUGACAGACAAAGUCAGAGUCCAGCAGAGUCCUGAUGAAGACCAGUCAGAUGGUUCUAGUAGAGAUUUGGGGCGCCCAAUGAGCUCAUACUCCUCCCCUCCAGGAGCAUUACCACUAGAUGGCCGUUCCUCCUCCAGUCCGGGUCCACCCAAUCUUGAUGGGACUCAUGUGACCCAUGACCUCCCACGAUCCUUUUCUGCAUCACCCUUCUCCAGUGAGAAACAUGCUACAGGGCCUCUCUUGCAGAAGCAGCUCCUCUCUCCGCACUUUAAGAAGGAUGGUGCCUCACUCAUGGCCUUCCCUACUGCUUUGUUUGCUGCAAAAGCUGCCCUCAUGUCAGUCAAUCCAGGCGCUUCAGGGACCUCUGGGAUGGAAGCCGGCUUAGUUAGUGACCAGUCAGAGUGUGGGAGUUCAGGAGGAGGAGACGAGGACCAGCUAGACACAGCAGAGAUAGCCUACCAAGUGAAAGAGCAGCUUCUCAAACAUAACAUCGGCCAGCGGGUGUUUGGACACUAUGUGUUGGGCCUCUCCCAAGGCUCAGUCAGUGAGAUUCUGGCUCGGCCCAAACCAUGGAGGAAGCUGACAGUCAAAGGCAAAGAGCCCUUCAUCAAGAUGAAGCAGUUUCUAUCUGAUGAACAGAACAUACUGGCCUUACGCACCAUUCAAGUUCGCCAGAGAGGGAGUAUCACUCCUCGAAUCCGAACUCCUGAAACUGGGUCAGAUGACGCCAUUAAGAACAUUCUGGAACAGGCUAAGAAAGAGAUCCAGUCCCAGCGAGGAGGUGAUGGUAAGUCCUCUCUGGGAUCUUCUACCGGGCGCAGCAGCAGUAGUGGAGGCAGUAAUUCAGACGAGACUAUUAAGAGCAUCUUGGAGCAGGCACGGCGAGAGAUGCAGGCACAACAGCAAGCCCUGUUUGAGUUGGAGGCCAGCAGCCAGAGUCUGUGUUCUCAGGAGUCCCACAAGACCCUUCCUGGUCCUAUGCCCACUUACAUCAAGCAAGAAGAGGGUAGUGUCAUGCCCUUGUGUCCAUCAAACCCCAUCAGCAGCCCCCAGACCCCUCUCAGCGUUCUGUCUCCUGCUGCUUUUGUCCAAAACAUUAUUCGUAAGGUGAAGUCAGAAAUCGGCGAGGCUGGAACCUACUUUGACCAGCACUGGUCUCGUCCCUUCACCUCUGUCUCUCCCUCGCUCUCCUCUUCCUCCUCCUCUGUGCCCUCCACAGUGCCCCGGGCCUGGAACACAGAAUGCCCUCCGGGCACAGAGGAAGGGCCAGGCACUGAGGAGGAUGAACCUCCACCAAGCCGUCCUGUGAAAGUGGAGCCAGAAUCGUGUGUAAGUGGGGAUCAGACUGCAUGUGGAGGAGCACGGAUGAGCUACUAUCCCUCCUACAUUCCUCGUACUUUGAAGCCCACUGUGCCACCGCUCACCCCUGAGCAGUAUGAGAUGUAUAUGUAUCGUGAGGUGGAUACCUUAGAACUUACACGCCAGGUCAAGGAGAAGCUGGCGAAGAAUGGCAUUUGUCAGCGAAUUUUUGGAGAGAAGGUACUGGGCCUUUCUCAGGGUAGCGUGAGUGACAUGCUGUCUAGACCCAAACCCUGGAGCAAGCUCACACAAAAGGGGCGAGAGCCAUUUAUUCGCAUGCAGCUGUGGCUGCUGGACCAGUUAGGACAGAGCCUCAAUCAGCAGUCCAACCACAGCCAUAACCACGACAAAAGUCCAGUGACAUCUCACUCUUCACCAUCACCUCCACUCAGCCCAGAGGACAGCCAGCCCAGUAUGCCACUGGAGCCAGUGAGUUUGGUGCUGGAGAGCAGUAAGGAGAACCAGCACCCUCACCCACAGCACACAGAACCUCACAGAGUGAAUGGCACAGCAGGCACAUUGGCACUUCAGCAACCUCACAUUCCAUUAGGUAUUCAGGAGAUGGUGGCCAUGUCACCUGAGCUUGACACAUAUGCUAUAACCAAGCGGGUCAAAGAGGUGCUCACUGACAACAACCUAGGCCAGCGACUGUUUGGGGAGAGUAUCUUAGGCCUUACACAAGGCUCUGUGUCAGACUUGCUAUCGAGGCCCAAACCGUGGCAUAAGCUGAGUCUAAAAGGCAGAGAGCCAUUUGUGCGCAUGCAGCUAUGGUUAAAUGACCCACACAAUGUGGACAAACUGAGAGAUAUGAAGAAGAUGGAGAAAAAAGCAUACCUGAAGCGCAGAUAUGGCCUGUUGAGUCCCAGCUCAGACACUGACUCUCCAGGAGCACGUUCAGACUCCAUUAGCCCUGGACUUUCCCAAAUGGAGCUAUGUUCAUACGGCCAAGCCAAGAAGCCCAGAGUAGUGCUAAACACAGAGGAGAAAGAGGCUCUGAAGAAGGCAUACCUGCAGGAGCCCUACCCCUCCCAACACACCAUUGAGAUGCUGGCCACACAACUCAAUCUCAAGACCAACACUGUCAUCAACUGGUUUCACAACUACAGCAGGUCUCGAAUGCGGCGCGAAGUCCUCGUGGAAGGUCCUCAGGACAACGAUGACGACCCGGAAAAUACCUUCUCUCCUUCCGUGAGCUGCAGUCCUGUUUCAGACGUAGAUGAACGGAAAAAAGUCCAUGUGGUCCGCAAUGGCCCUGCAAUAUUUAAUGUCAAACAGGAAGUGGAGGAAGAGGAGGAGAAGCUGCAUAUCAGGCAGGACACAUGCUCUUCCAUGGCUGUACAAAUACCUGAAAUGAAGACUGAAGCGGAACAGAUGUCUGGCGACAGGGCCCUGACAUCAUUUUGUCCUCCAAGUUUCAGGCAGGACGAAGAUUGCGUUCACAAACUCGUUUCUGGAUCUGUUUCCUCAGACAACAUUCAGAAAACCAACACCGCCAUGCUUGAAGGUGAAAAUAAAUCACCAGUGGACCCAGUGAGCUUCAAGGCAUCAUCGGAGGCAUGCCGCAGCAGCCUGGAGGUGUCCCUCGACUCACCCUCGGCUGCCUCGUCUCCGGGCCUCAUGAUGUCUGUCUCACCUGUGCCGUCCUCCUCUGCCCCCAUUUCUCCUUCUCAAUCCCUCCAUUCCAACACCAAGAUCAGCAAGAGCACACAGAGGCGUGAUGAGAAAAUGGCCAACCUUAGCAACAUCAUCCAUCGACUUGAGCGAGCAGCCAAUCGUGAAGAGGCACUGGACUGGGAGUUCUAGAGCUUGAAACAUAAAAAUACUCUGACUCCCGGAAGAGGGUUUUCUCACACCUGAAGCGUUUUGUGUGUCGCAUUUUUCUGCUACCAGGAACACAGGACGUGAUAUCCUCCAUUCCACAGAUAAAAUUUCCUGUUGAAAGACUUUCUGAAACUUUAAACAAAUAAUAUUUAUAAACAUGUUUUAGGUAUUUUGAUAAAGCUAUCCUACUUUGAGUUAUAUGUUACAGCACUAGCUGUCAUGUUUUAAACCAAGGAGGAAAGAAAUACUUGGAUGUGAAGACUUUGCAGCUAUGGUGUCAUAAAAUGCACACUGAAGUUCUAUAGAUUGCCACUGGGUGAGAUUAUUUCAAAGCAAGACCUCUGUCUUAAGCCAUCAAAAGCACUACUUAUUUAAAAAAAAAAAAAAAAAAGGACUCUGACCAAAUUUGCUACUUUUUGAAUAGCAAUUUUUCAGAUUUUGUCUGUAAAACGGGACAGUUAAAGUCAAAUAAUGUUGAGAACUUUAUACUGACUUGAGGGAUAGUCCUUAAAGACUCUAAAUAGUGAACAAUACAUAUGUACUUAGUUUCUUGUCGAAAUGUUUUGAAACAUUUGUUACACAAGCGUAUAAUGUGUGGUUGUACGUGCUGUAGAAAUUGUCUGCAAUAGCCUUUCUUCGAACAAGAUGUAGCAUGGUACUCAAAUUACCCUCUUAUCCUCUAUAGAUAGUAUCCUGUGAUAUACUUGAGCGAUAAAAGUGAAAACAUCGGAAAAUUCUGCAAAAAAAAGAAAAAAAAUGAAACAAGGAAUUGUAAGAAAAUGAUUAUUUAUCUAAUAUUUUCAGUGACACUGUUAUUUUGGGGGGUUUUAGGUUGGUUUCCUUUAAGGAUUCUUAGAGGUUUACUAUAGGGCCUUCUGUGCACUUGGAAGCAAGUGAGCCAUUUAAAACUUCUGAGCAAUGUCUUCACUAAUUCAUAUUGCAUUUACCUCACUCUUCCUCUGAUGCACUGAUCUCUCACAUACAUAUGGGGCAAGGGAAUGACACAACUCAGCAUUACACUUUUGAACUGACCUCUGGAUCGUAUCCCUACAGUUCAGAAUCUCAAACCCAAAAAUAGAAUUUGACCCAUCAAACGAUAACUCAAUAAUGAUGUAAUAUAAUCCUGAACUAAGUCUCAAAGACCAAUACCACAGGAAGUGACGGGGUAGUAGCUUUUUCACUGGGAAAUUUUUUGCAUGCAUAUGUUUUAAACUAACCAUUUCUUUUUGUUUCUUUGGUAGGCACUUAUAAGUUUAGGAAUCCUGCCCUUCUCAGCACAUAUAGUCACUCUUGUGCUCGUUGGUCCUCUAGCAUCCCAUUUAUCCCAUAUGUGAGUGUGUGUCAUGGCAAACAUACUGUAGGCAGCCGGUACAUUCUUAUAAAUAGAUCCCAUUUAAUAUAUACCUCUAUCACUGAUUCAUUGUAUUUUUGCAUGGGCUGUCCAAUACCACAUGAAGAUGUGCUGUAAUGUGGGUGAUGUCUUCAUCAAGUCUGUCCCUGUGAAAUCAGAAUAGGCACACUUGAACUUUUUACAUAAGUAGAGUAAAUACACUGUACUUGAGUAAUAAAUGCAGAGGUUGUAAUAAUGCUGAGAGCUAAGCUAAUUUUUCAUAUAAAUUGGACAAAACUCUUGUGUACUACUGCACAAUUUUGCAACCGUUACAGUUUAAAUAUGCAUAUACCUAAACGCAUACAUUAGGGUGCUUUCAUACUAGGUGUUUGGUUUGUUUUUUGUUUUUUUCCUACAGAAAAACUGGAGCGCUUUUUGUUUUAAAAAGAAAAGAAUGAGAGCUGCUUGUAUAACUUAAAUAUUAAAAAGAUAUACAUUUUAGUUAUAUGGCAAAUUUGGAAUAUUAGCAAUGAUUUUUUUUUUUAUUCACUCUGUAGUAAUUAUUUUUCAUUAGCAAUAUUUCUCUGUAUUUGCUUGUGGUGAAACUUGCUGCCUAAUUGAUUAAGAGAUUAAAAAAACACAGUUUUUUUCUUUUAAACUUUGGAAGCUCUCCAGUGUGGCCAAAAACACACCAGAAGAACUUUCCUGAAGUAUCACAUGUAAAACAUGUAGUGUGAAAGCAGCCUUGUGUGACAGAUUGAUUGGUGUCAGGAAAGGGGCAAACUUUAAUUACGUCUCACAGAUUUUAAUUUUGUUUAAUUCCUCAAGCUUUUGCAGAGUUUAGUUUUAUUGGACUUAAACAGCUGAGAGAGCUGAAAAUAGAGUUUUGCUAAUACGUUGGCAUAAGAACGACUUGGUUACAUUUAAAAUUAAAUUAAAUUAAAAAAAGGCAGACAGAAGAAAGCCUAAAUGUUUAACAAAAAAGGUGACUUUUGAAAGCCUCCAUUUAGUCAACUUCCAAAAUAUGAAGCACUGUAAACUGUUUUCCUACUUAUCCCUUCAGUAGAUAAAGAGAAAUCUGCCCAGGGGCAUUCUGUUGCUGGGUGCUGAAAUAUGCUGAAAUUUAUAUUAUUAUUUUUUAUUUUUAUUUUUUUCUUUGUUUCAAAUUUUGACAGUGUUUUUGGUAUUGUGUUUAGUUUGUCUAUACUUUUUAUUAUUUUUUUUGCUAGAUGUAGGUCUUCAAUACCUCAAAUAAGAACUACUUUACAGCAUUUACUGUUUUUCUUUUUUUAAUGGAAUAUUUGGGAAUAAUGGAAAUCUGAAAACUGUUCUAACAGUUUGUUUCACAGGUCUUUGCCUUGAUGUAUUGUUGAAGUUGAUAGUAAAACACUUGCACAUGUCUUAUUAGUACUGAGGAUUGAAAUAAUAAACACAUGUAUAGAUAUA